GAAUUAAAAUAAUUUGAAAUGGAGCGGGCUCUUGAGUGUCCAAUCUGUCUGGACAGGUUCACUUAUCCGAAAGUGUUGCCAUGCCAACAUACAUUCUGCAAUGAAUGUCUACAAGGAGUUGUUGAAGGUUAUUCCGUGCGAUGUCCGGAAUGUCGGAAGGUACACUUCGUUCCACCUGACGGUUUUCAGACGAACGUGGCCGUACAAAGGAUGUUAGAUUCACACGGUCGCACUGCGCCGUCCGACCUAGGUCGCCCUGAGCCGUUCAACACGGGUCGCCCUGAGCCGUCCGACCCGAGUCGCCCUGAGCCGACCGCACCGACCCUGUACACGAUCGAGGGAAGCGGGCCAGAAACAGCUGCUACAGCAGCUCCUACAGAGAGUGUAGGAGACAGAAACGAAGACGAAAGUUGUUCAUGUCCUUGUUGCCUGACAAAAUGCGUAGGUUGGACCAGACGAACGAUUCGCCGGGUUUUAAAGCGGUUCCUACACGAUCAUUACAGAGAGAAGAAAAUACGAGGUAUGACUGCAUUUAAUUUAACUACAAACGUUGCAUGCUAA